AGAGGAGGAGUGUCCACAGGACUCAGGGAACCAAGGACGCCCUCGACUCCGGGGCUAACCGCUGUCGCCCCUGGCAGGACUCCGUGUGCCUCCACCAGCGCAGCGCCAGCUCCCAGAGUGGAGGCGCGCAUGCGCGGCGCGGCGCGGGGUCGCCUAGCAACCAGGGACAACGGUGGACCCCGGAGGCGCACCGGCAGCCCCGAGUGUCAUUUGCUAGGUCUGAGAAGCCCUGCUCCACCCGAGCUCCCGACAGGAUGGGUAAAAAGAUAAAGAAGGAAGUAGAACCCCCUCCAAAGGAUGUGUUUGAUCCAUUAACAAUUGAAAGCAAAAAAGCAGCAACCGUGGUGUUAAUGCUUAAUUCUCCAGAAGAAGAAAUUUUGGCAAAAGCGUGUGAAGCCAUUUAUAAAUUUGCUUUAAAAGGUGAAGAAAACAAAGCGACCCUCCUUGAACUUGGAGCUGUGGAACCUUUAACUAAACUGCUUACCCAUGAAGACAAAGUUGUAAGAAGAAAUGCUACUAUGAUAUUUGGAAUUCUGGCUUCUAAUAAUGACGUUAAAAAAUUGCUCAGGGAGUUAGAUGUCAUGAAUUCUGUUAUUGCCCAGCUCGCUCCAGAAGAAGAAGUCGUUAUCCAUGAGUUUGCCAGUCUUUGUCUAGCAAACAUGUCGACAGAACAUACCGGUAAAGUGCAAAUAUUUGAACAUGGAGGAUUAGAGCCUCUCAUCAGAUUACUGAGUAGCCCGGAUCCUGAUGUCAAGAAGAAUUCUGUUGAGUGCAUUUAUAACUUGGUCCAGGAUUUUCGGUGUCGAAUGGCAAUUCAAGAAUUAAAUGCAAUUCCUCCUAUAUUAGACCUCUUGAAGUCGGAGUAUCCAGUUAUUCAGCUGUUGGCUCUCAAAACCUUAGGUGUUAUUACAAAUGAUAAGGAGUCCCGAGCAAUGCUCAGAGACAAUCAAGGCUUGGACUACCUUCUUAAGAUCCUAGAAACUAAGGAAUUAAAUGACCUUCAUAUAGAAGCCCUUUCAGUGAUAGCCAAUUGCCUCGAAGAUAUGGACACCAUGGUGCUGAUUCAGCAGACAGGGGGUCUGAAAAAGUUCCUGGUAUUUGCAGAAAACUCUACAGUUCCUGACAUCCAGAAGAAUGCAGCAAAAGCAAUUGCUAAAGCAGCUUAUGAUCCUGAAAAUAGGAAACUUUUUCACGAGCAGGAGGUUGAGAAGUGUCUCGUAGCCCUCUUGGGUUCCGAAAACGAUGGGACUAAAGUUGCCGCGGCCCAGGCGAUUUCGGCCAUGUGUGAGAAUUCAGGCAGCAAAGAUUUUUUCAAUAAUCAAGGGAUUCCACAGUUAAUUCAGUUGCUAAAAAGCGACAAUGAUGAGAUAAGGGAAGCAGCCGCUCUGGCCCUGGCAAACCUAACCACUUGCAAUCCUGCUAAUGCAAAUGCUGCUGCUGAGGCCGAUGGUAUCGAUCCGUUAAUAAACACUUUGUCUAGUAAACGAGAUGGAGCCAUUGCCAACGCUGCCACGGUCCUAACAAACAUGGCAAUGCAGGAGCCCCUGCGCGUGAGCAUCCAGAGCCGUGACGUCAUGCACGCCAUCAUCGGCCCGCUGCGCUCUGCCAACACAGUCGUACAGAGCAAAGCUGCACUCAUGGUUGCUGCAACUGCGUGUGACGUUGAGGCCCGGACAGAGUUAAGAAAUUCUGGUGGGCUGGAGCCCCUCGUAGAGCUCCUGCAAUCCAAGAACGAGGAAGUGAGGAGGCACGCGAGCUGGGCCGUGAUGGUCUGUGCCGGCGACGAGCUGAUGGCCACAGAAUUAUGCAGGCUCGGGGCCUUAGAUAUCCUUGAGCAGAUUAAUCUAUCAUUAAGUAAAAAAAAUAAAUUCAGCGAGGCAGCUUAUAACAAAUUGCUCAACCACAAUCUUUCCCUGAAAUAUAGCCAGACGGGCUACUUGUCAUCGAGUAACAUAAUCAGUGAUGGAUUCUUUGAUUACGGUCGGAUAAAUCCUGGCACCAAACUUUUGCCUUUGAAGGAGCUCUGCUUUCAAGAACCAAGUGAUCUACGUGCUGUAAUCUUAGUGAACAGUAAAUCUUCUGAUUUUUCUCCACCUCCAUCCAUGGAAGAUAAAUCAUCAGAUGUUGGUUAUGGACGAAGUAUUUCCUCUUCAUCUUCUUUAAGAAGAGCCAGUAAAGAAAAGACCGGUUUUCGUUUUAGUGCUGGAUUUGGAUCUCCCACAGAAGAGAAAUCAGAACCUGCUUCUGGGCGGAAUACUGUGCUCAGCAAAAGUGCCACUAAAGAAAAAGGACCCAGGAAAGGCAGAGGGAAAAAGGAAGAGGAAAAAGUGAAAGAGGAGGAAGAGGUUCUGGCAGUACCAAAACUGACUGGCGAAGGCAGCGUGGAUAAAGAGUGGUGCCCGCCCUUUGACCCCGAUUUCUGUGCUUAUGUGAACGAGGUGACCAAAUCCAUACUGCCCAUAACCAAUGUUAAGGAGCAGAUCGAAGUUCUUGCCAGGUAUGUGGCAGAAAAAAUGGGCGGGAAGAUUCCAAAAGAGAAGCUACAUGACUUCAGCUGGGAACUUCACAUAAGUGAACUAAAAUUUCAGCUUAAAUCCAACGUGGUACCAAUCGGACAGAUCAAAAAAGGAAUCUUCUACCAUCGAGCCUUGCUUUUCAAGGCUCUGGGUGAUCGAAUUGGCGUUGGCUCCUCCUUAGUCCGAGGCGAGUAUGGCAGAGCUUGGAAUGAAGUUCAGCUGAUGAAUGAAUCGCGGAGGGGAGUGACUGGCAGCCUCCCCUCUCCUGAAAUAUACAUUGUUGACCUCAUGUUCCAUCCCGGGGCACUGAUAAAGUUAAAAAGUAAAGAGGCCGAUCUUUACAGAUUUCUUUAACUGGUCAAAUGAACAUGAGGGACUCGAACAAGAAAUUCACUCCAUACACUCGAAGAAGUUCACCAACUCAUUUUCUUUCUUUCAAUAAAAGCAUUAGAAAUGUUCUCUCCAUGCAGAAAUGGGGAAAUUCAGACUGAACUUUGUCCUGCUUCUGACUUCAGGCUUUUGCAAGAGUUCACAGUCUUCUUGGGUCAUCUUAACGCUCACUGUCCCUCACAUGAAGCUCAUUACUGCUGAAACCAGUCCAGCCCAGGGUUUCCCCCGGAGCCUUUCUGUCCACUCGGAAUCGUGUGUAAAGGCCGCUCGGCUGCUGUGCCCAGGAUGGGACUGUGGUCCCAUCGCUUUCAUCCUCCAUGUUUCUAGAAUUUGCUAUAGUAAACGCAAUAAACGAA